CAUGGCUAAGCUGUGAUAUUCAACACGCCACCAAACCUGCCUCCCAAGUCCAGCCCCUUGAAUUCAAGAGUGAAACUGAUUGUGUUGGAGCGACUUGCCUCUGAUAAGAGUCAGCAUGGAUGGCAGUGACACAGAACAAUGAAUGGAUACUUGUCCUUUGGAGCAAUAAAGAAACACUAAUGUAACCCGAAGAAUGAACAACCAGGAAACAUCAGCAGACACCACUGAAACAAACUUUGAGGGUCCUGCUUCGGCCAAAGAGAGGAAGGUGAUCCACUUCUCCAACGGUGAAACUCUUGUAGUUGAGGACAGCGAGGAGGAAGAGGAGGAGACGUCAAACAAAACUCCCUUUGAAGAACCUAAACAGAAGACUCGGCUAUCGUUCAAGAAUGUGGCCAUUCUAGUUGGGAGGUUUUCACUGCUGGCCUGCGACUUCCUCGGAGAAAGAUUAGCUGGUGCUCUUGGACUCAGUGCAGCCAAAUACCAGUACGCCAUAGAUCGUUAUCAACGUGAUCACGAGACAACAAACAGUCGAGCUCCAGAUGACCUCAAGAAGGGACAGGCAGAGACCGUGACACUCUCUCCCAGGUCUGAUUGGAGUCAUUAUGGGGCCACAGGAGAUGUAAGCUGUCCUGCCAAUCCCCAGGAGAGCUCUGCUGAGAAACACAUGGCUGGAAAAGAAGGAUGUCACAACAAGGGCUAUCAAGCGGACGAGGAGCACUUGAAAUGAAUCUCAGAGAAGAAAAGCAAAAGAAUGUGAAGUCCCCAGGAUGGAAUGUUACAACAACGUGAAGAAUAAAAAGCUAACAAAACAAACUAAAACAUUUUGCUGUGUCUAACUACCACUGCAAGCUUUUUCCACCGUUCAUUCUUCCCAAUCCUGGCAAAGCUGAGGUUCUUGUGUUCGCUAAGCAGCUCUGUCAUUACUUCAGCCCCUUUGCCAACAAUAUCAAAUAAUCUACUAAGAUCCUCUGUCUUAUUUUUUACCAAAAAUUAAGAUGAGCUUGAGCUCAUCCAGUCUUAUUACCUUUACUUAAGAAAUAAUGCAAAAAUCAGACCUUCUUUGAAUCUCUAGUAAACACUUUCAUUUUCUCCUGUCUUGAUUA